AUGCCUCACGCCGUCGACCGAGUUGCCUCUUUUUUUCGAUCGCACUCGAACUCCUUCGAUCUUCCAGUUGAGGUGAAAAAAGGAUCCAGACGAGGAUCACAUAGCAGACCGUCAUUUUCAGACAGAUCUCCUUCGUCAUCAGGCUCUUCACUUGCAUCAGACGACCGAAGUCUAAGAACCAUGCCAGAAAACCAUAAGAGACUCUCUUUGGGUCACUUAACGUCUCCUAAGAGCUCUGCGACCAAAAUCCCACAACACCAUGCCGCCACUCUCGAUGUUGUUAUGGAGUCGCCACCUUUGGUGUUAUACGGCAGUUCGGCAAACAGCAGCGGUGCAUUGCUCUCUGGUCAAUUAGUACUCAACAUUCACGAAGACACUAUGGCUAUCGAUUCUUUCAAGAUGAGAUUGGCUUUGGAAGUAACGAGGAAGAAGCCAUUCCACGCCCAUUGCCUAGAUUGCACGAGUUCAUCCACCGAAUUGACGACCUGGAAUCUUCUCGAGGGACCAGCGACUUUGCGACGAGGCGAGCACUCUUUCCCAUUCAGCUGUGUGAUUCCGGGCCAUCUGCCUGCGAGUAUGAAGGGAAGUCUCUCAACCAUCGAGUACGUUCUGCGUGCGACCAUGAGUCCACGUUCAGGCGAACCCCUCAAGCUGUCUCACAAGCUCGAUGUGAAGCGUGCCAUCUGCCCCGCAGAAUCACCCCGUCAUUCCAUCCGCAUCUUCCCUCCCACCAACCUCACUGCAAACUGCGAACUCCCAUCAGUUAUCCACCCAAUUGGCGAAACGAAUAUCUCGAUGCGAAUUGAUGGUGUAGUGAAGAGAAACGUGGAGACGAAGACACAAACGCAAUGGAAGUUGAAGAGGGUUACAUGGCGUUUGGACGAGACACAGAAGAUGAUUGCGCCCGCUUGUUCGAAGCACGCUGCCAAGGCUACCGAUGAGCAGAAGAAGGGAGUCGCACACCAAGACGUGAGAACAAUUGGCACAGACGAGAUGAAGUCGGGCUGGAAAUCAGACUACAACUCCCCGGAUGGAUCAAUUGAUCUAGAAUUCCCAAUUAGCAUUCGACCCGAAACGAAGCCAAUUUGCGACUUAAAAGCCGAGGAUGGAACUGAAGUUUCUCAUGUUCUAGUCGUGGAAAUGAUCGUGGCAGAGGAAUUUGCACCCAUCAAGAAGCCAACACAGGUUACACCAACUGGUGCUGCUAGGGUUUUGAGAAUGCACUUCACUCUCACGGUCACUGAGCGAGCAGGUCUGGGCAUCUCGUGGGACGAAGAGGCACCCCCAACCUACGAGAAUGUUCCUGCCAGUCCACCAGGAUAUGGAAACUCGGAGGAAUACUCAGGGCCACCAAUUCCUGAUUAUGAGGAUUUGUCACCUCUCGACAGCGUGAUUGAAGGCAAUGGAGAAAGUAGCUGGCAUGGCAUAAAUGAGGUUUACCCAUAG